AUGUCUUAUAGAGUUACAAUUACCGCAAUAUUAGCAGCGCUAGUCGCCAGCUCUGUGUACCUCUGGCCAUCAGCCACAGAGCCAGGGGUAUACGCACCGAUCUCUGGGCGCAACAACACCGUCCUCUAUCUAACCGAUAGUAGCUCCGACCUUGUCCAAAGCCACAUCGCAUCUGCUUUUGCUCUCCUUGAAACUCGGCCUGAUAUCCAAAUAUACUGGGGUUCUUUCGGAACACCCGCUAUAGAGCCGUAUCUGCGGAAUAUUUCUGCAGAUGUGCAGGCUAAGAAUCCCAAUGUGAAACCUAUUAAUUUUCAUGAAUUGGGUGGCCAAAGUAUGACGGGGGCUCUGAGUGAAAGGUAUCGUUUAUAUGAUUAUAUCACUGAGUAUGGAUUAGCGGGGUAUGGUAAAAUGCUUCCUGUUCUGGAAGAUAUGUUGAUGCCGUGGGAUACAAAGGAAUAUUUUGCCUUGUUUCAGGAAACGGUCAAAUUAAUUGAAGAUGUUGAUCCGGCACUCAUCGUCGUUGAUAAUUUACCGAGGGUCUUUGUCGAUGCUGCAAGGAAUACAAAUCGUCGAUUUGCUAUCUUGAGCGCCAAUUCACUAUCUGAUAUUCUUGCCUACCAUCAACCAUGGAAAUCGAUGUUCUGGAAAUACCCAGCAUUGAUGUCAGGCCAUGAAUUCCCAGUACCAGCACAUUCUAUCUUUCCCAAUAUCUGGAUGCAAAUCAGGCUCAUGGCGACAAUCACCGCAUCCUCCAAGUUGCACACCGCCAGAUCAGAACUUGAAGUCAUGGGUAUCAACGAACCUAUGGGUAUGCACAUGCAAUGGGAUAGUAUUCCCCUGAUAUCUGGUGACCUUCUCGAGGCCAGUCUGCCUCUAAGCUACCACCCGACUAAUCUGACGAUUUGCGGACCUAUGACACUUGACCCGAUACCAGCUGAGGAACAGAACCCGGAAUUGGUUGAAUGGCUUGACUCGUCAUCAUCAACUACUAUUUUGGUUUAUCUCGGAGAUGCGUUCACGUAUGAUAAAGAACGAACGAGGAAAAUGAGUAAUGCAAUAUGGGAUGUGCUUAGGGAAACAGAUGUGCAAGUCCUAUGGCAAUAUGAAAUGAACGGCGACUUUUCUAAUACGUGGCAUUUUGAGCUUCUGAAGCCUUAUGUUGAAAAUGGGCGGUUGAGGAUAUACAGUCAGCCUGAGUUUGAUGUUGAUCCUAUCUCGCUUGUUAACUCGGGCAAGAUUGAUGUUUGGGUUCAUCAUGGGACUACUGAGUACUACCGCCAGGCUGUUAGGGCUGGGGUUAGACAGGUUAUUGUUCCAUUGUGGCUUGAUCAAUAUAAUGUCGCACGACUUGUUGAAUAUGUUGGCGUGGGAGUGUGGCCAGGAAAAGAUACAGCGCCGGUAUGGGAUGACGAUACGUUAUUCGGUGGGUUUUUGGAAGUGUUGCAACGACCCGGGGCAGAAUUGAUGAAGAGAAGGGCUAGUGACUUAAAGGAGGUUGUUGCGCAGUAUUCUGGGAGACAUUGCGCUGCUGAGCAGAUUGCGUGGAGGGCAGGCAUGGGCCACUGA